AGAAUUAAAGGAAAAAUUAAAUCUGAGUUUUAAUUUUGUCGGAGACCAAAAAAAUAUUGCUUCCUUAACCGAGAAGGAAAUAAUGGAAUUAGCCAUCAACGAUUAUACUCGGGAAGUUAAAGCAUUUAUUCAGGAUAACCCCCACUCAAAACUAACAUUAGUUAAUUAUCCCCACAAUGAGCAACAAUUGGUCUCAUUAAGUGCUGAAUUAGCCAAAAUCGGCAAGAAAAUAAAUAAUAUUAUCCUGAUAAAUACUGCCAAUUAUGAGUUACUAUUGGAUUUAAAGAACAAAUAUUUAAUUUGCCCUAUUUGCGAAAAAAUAUAUCACCACCAAGCAGUAGUAAAAGAAAAUGAGAAAUUCAUUUGUCCGCAAGAUGCUGAAUGCCAUUUUGAUUUAUCUACUAUCAAAAAAUAUAACGAGUAUAUUAUUGAUUAUCAUUUGAAAAAUACAGAGUCAGUAAUUAAAAGAUUACUUACGGCAAAUAAACUUACACCUUCCUCAAUCAUUCAAUUAACGGUUCAAAAAGAAGAAGAAAUUUUGGCAGGUGAGAUCCAGAAAAAUCUGCUGAAAGUAAUAGACAGUUUGUAA